CUAUCUAUUGUUACACAUUAAUCCACGCACUAAACUUCACUUAACUCAAUUUAAUUCAACAUUUCAAAAAGAAUAAAAUAGAAUAAAAUAAAAAUCUAUAGAUUGCAUUUUAUCAUUUGUGUACCUCCAUGCUCCAGCACCAGUAGCUUUUAGCCAUAGAUUCUCUCUCCUCCUUCCCUCUAAAAACCCAGAAUUACUGGAAUACGAAACCCAUUUUCCAGUUUUGUAAAGCUUCAAAACGAUUAACAAUGGCGGCUAACCCUUUACUCUCUUCAAGCUUUCUUGGCAAUGGCGUCUUAUUUUACCCACCAACGCCUAAAACCACAAAACCCAUUCUUCCUUCUUCUUCAAGAAGAAAGCAAUUUAUCAUCACUCAAUCCUUAAUUCCCAAUUCCCAAAACCCCAAAUUUCUAUCAAAAUCAGCAUUAACAGCCCUACUUUUAUCCUCAACUCUCGCCUCACAGCAAGCUUUUGCUGCCGAUAAUCUCUCUCCUCCUCCGCAAUCUCCCCAGGUAAUUGAAGCUCAACCCACUAAUCCCGGUCUCCCUAAUUCUUCCCCCUUUUCGCAGAAUUUAGUAUUAAACGCUCCUAAACCUUCGGAUCCGGACCUUCCAGAAGGUUCUCAGUGGAGGUACAGUGAGUUUUUGAAUGCAGUUAAGAAGGGUAAGGUGGAAAGGGUGCGAUUCAGUAAGGACGGUUCUGUUUUACAGUUGACUGCUGUUGAUGGCAAGAGAGCUUCAGUUGUAGUUCCGAAUGAUCCUGAUCUUAUUGAUAUUUUGGCAAUGAAUGGUGUAGAUAUCUCUGUUUCUGAAGGGGAGGGUGGAAAUGGGUUGUUUGGUUUUAUUGGGAAUUUGUUGUUUCCUUUAUUGGCUUUUGCAGGACUAUUUUUCUUGUUCCGCCGGGCUCAAGGCGGUCCCGGUGGCCCUGGAGGACUUGGCGGACCAAUGGAUUUUGGCCGGUCAAAGUCGAAAUUCCAGGAGGUGCCGGAAACUGGUGUGUCAUUUGCUGAUGUUGCCGGUGCUGAUCAAGCUAAGCUUGAGUUGCAGGAAGUUGUUGACUUUUUGAAAAACCCUGAUAAGUACACUGCAUUGGGGGCUAAAAUUCCCAAGGGGUGUCUCCUUGUGGGGCCACCCGGAACUGGGAAGACGCUGUUGGCGAGGGCGGUGGCUGGGGAGGCCGGAACACCAUUCUUUUCGUGUGCAGCUUCUGAGUUUGUGGAGCUGUUUGUUGGAGUGGGAGCUUCUAGAGUGAGGGAUUUGUUUGAGAAGGCUAAGAGUAAGGCGCCUUGCAUUGUCUUUAUUGAUGAGAUUGAUGCUGUUGGUAGGCAAAGAGGAGCAGGAAUGGGAGGUGGAAAUGAUGAGAGGGAACAAACUAUUAAUCAGUUGUUGACUGAGAUGGAUGGGUUUUCUGGGAAUUCUGGGGUCAUUGUUUUGGCAGCCACUAAUAGGCCUGAUGUUCUUGAUUCUGCUUUGUUGAGGCCUGGGAGGUUCGAUCGUCAGGUGACCGUUGAUCGGCCUGAUGUUGCUGGGAGGGUUAAGAUCCUUCAGGUACAUUCUCGUGGAAAGGCACUAGCAAAGGACGUGGACUUUGAUAAGGUUGCGAGGAGAACUCCUGGUUUUACUGGAGCAGACUUGCAGAAUCUUAUGAACGAAGCAGCAAUCCUUGCAGCUAGGAGAGAACUCAAGGAAAUAAGCAAAGACGAGAUAUCUGAUGCUCUGGAGAGAAUCAUUGCUGGUCCAGAGAAGAAAAACGCAGUUGUUUCAGAGGAGAAAAAGCGUUUAGUAGCAUAUCAUGAGGCCGGCCAUGCCUUAGUGGGUGCUCUCAUGCCUGAAUAUGAUCCUGUAGCCAAAAUUUCAAUCAUUCCUCGUGGCCAAGCGGGUGGUCUUACAUUCUUUGCCCCCAGUGAAGAAAGGCUAGAAUCAGGCCUUUACAGCAGAAGCUAUCUCGAAAAUCAAAUGGCUGUUGCUCUUGGUGGCAGGGUAGCUGAAGAGGUAAUAUUUGGUGAAAACAAUGUCACAACUGGUGCAUCAAGUGACUUCAUGCAAGUUUCACGGGUGGCCAGGCAGAUGGUUGAAAGAUUUGGGUUCAGCAAGAAAAUUGGACAACUUGCUGUCGGUGGAGCUGGUGGAAACCCGUUCUUGGGCCAGCAGAUGUCAAGUGCAAAAGACUAUUCGAUGGCAACUGCAGAUAUAGUUGAUGGUGAAGUGAGAGAGUUGGUAGAGGUUGCAUAUAAAAGGGCAACAGAGAUCAUCAACACCCACAUUGACAUCCUCCACAAACUUGCUCAGCUUCUCAUUGAGAAGGAGACUAUUGAUGGGGAAGAGUUCAUGAGCUUGUUCAUUGAUGGUCAGGCUGAAUUAUAUGUUUCUUAAGCCAUCAAUUCCUGUAUUCUUGUACUAGUAUAUGAUUCAACUACAUUGGUUUCCAUGAUUGUACAAAACCUGAUAGAUAAUACAUACUGCAUAUUUUAAAAAAAGUGUACAAAAAAAUUCGAUGAGUGAA